UUUUCUGUUUUCAACUUCCGAAGUUUACUGUCAAAGUGAAAUGUCUGAGACAUAUUUGGAAUAAUUAAAUUUGUAAAAAUUAUCAAAAAUUUUGUUGCUUUGUACUCGAAUCCCGCUCAAUCAGGGAACCAUUUCAUUUCUCUGCCAUCAGCCAAAAUUUCAAACCGUCUAAUUCAAAGAAAAUAUAAGAGUUAAAAAGUAAAAGGGUAUAUAAUGAGCUGCUUUCCACGUCCAACGGAUUGUUGCUGCUGUUCGUCGUGUUCCCCCUGUUGUAAUUAUAUGGGCGAUUGCUGUAAUGUACGUCGAAAUCGGUCCUGCGUCGACUGUUUCCCCACGCGCAUGGUACCAGACAUUCAAGUUCCGCCGAAAAAACUCAAGUCCAGACCGCCGCCGUUGAGGCCGACCGCAGCCAAGAAUAAUAACGGCAGGCGGUCAACUCAAGUUAAAAAUGGAAAGCGCAUAAGUUUGCCCACCGACAGUGAACCAAGUGUUGAAACAAAAAAUUGUAAACCAAAGUGCCCGUGUGAUCCUAAACAGACGAAAAACAAACAAAAUUUUCAGUAUCAGGACAUGAAGAACCGAAUGGAGGUAAUAAGUGAAGAGGCCGAGCAAGACUCCGAUGAUGAAGAGCCAUUUAGCAGCAAAAAUAUUCAGAAUUCCUGUGCCGACUUCCUCAACAUUGUUCAUGAUACUGUACUUGAGACGGUGCAGAGCUCCGUGGAAUGCAUGAUGCGUAAUUAUUUCGUGCACACCAUGGAAAAGGUGGAGACGCUGUGCUCGCAGAUGAUGAGAAAUGAGUGUUUGCUAAGCAAAAUGUACUUGGAUAUUUUAGAUAAAAUAUCCCAGCAAAGCGAAAGGAGUUUGAGACAAUUCAAAUGCUUGUGCCAAUUUAUAGCAGAGACGCAGAAAGAGGCCAACGAAGAGCGAGCUCAGACCACGCGGUGCAACUGUCAGAGCUGUGCAUGCACCGAAGAGAAUUUUAUGUCGUUUGCCAAGGAAAAAAUUUUACCCAAAGGUCGUCGCCUCUCUGGCAGUGGGAAUACAAGCAAUAACUUUAACGGUAACGUCAUUGGCGCAAAAAACCUUCGUGACUCGGACAACGAAAUAAAAACCGACCCAUCACUUAUGAGCUGCACCAAUUCGUCACAAGUCAAGUUCAAGUUGCUGGAGAGGCCGCAAAGCACCACCAAUAGUACUGGUAACGAGGAGGUCCGCCGAAAUAUUACACGUGUAAAUGAUUCAGGGCACAUGGAAAAUCCCAAUGGUCGUCGCAUACAAGAAAUGCCAAAUGAGGAUGAUACUCCAAAAACCGCACAGUGUGAAGUUCAAAAAGAAGGCGGCAGAUUUCCCAACAAUAACACAGGGUCCAGUGGUACGAAAUUGACAUAGAUGCCGUUAUAAUGUCAGUGCCUCAGUACUUUACCGUUAUUAGCGUACAAUGACUUUACGAUUGUGUACUAGAAACGGUGAAUACUUAGACACUGAUCCAGGCAUAACAACGUAUAAUGUAUUUUAGUAUCGCAAGUGGAAGCUUCUUUUACAAAUAGCAGAUCUAGAUUAGCUUACUGGAGAAAAGGCUUCACAUCUCGGUACUUUUGAAAGUAGUAUCCUUUUAAUUUUUGCAAGUUGAUGAAAAGUCCAAAUUGUCCCAUAUCGCCCAUCCAAUAUAUUUAUGAGUCGAAAUAAAAAGCAAAAUUGCCGUCAAAAA